AUGGCGUCCACUGUGGACACUGCACUUGCGGAAAAAACUGCCGUCAACCAUGUGGAAGAUACCCUGGGCCACGGUGCCAUUAGCGAGGCCAAGCAGGCUACCGACGAUGAGCACUCACAGACACUGAUGCAGGCCUUGCGUGAGAAUCGUAAAGCUGUGAUGUGGUCAGUGUUGAUCUCCCUGUCCAUCAUCAUGGAGGGAUACGAUACCAUCCUGAUGGGAAAUUUCUUCGCCUACCCUACGUUCCAGCAAAAAUAUGGAUCGUGGUAUGGUGUGGAAAUCGGAUACCAGGUAUCUGCACCUUGGCAGACGGGCCUGAACAUGGCUAGUACGGUUGGAUGUAUCUUUGGUGGCAUAUUGAACGGAUACUUUGCGUCCAAGUACGGUUACCGACUUGUGAUGUUCAUUGCCCUUGGAGUUCUCGCUGCUUUGAUCUUCAUCACAUUCUUCGCCAACUCCGCAGGAGUCCUCCUGACUGGCCAGGUCCUUUGUGGACUCUCAUGGGGAGUGUUCGCCACCAUCGGACCAGCCUACGCAUCUGAAGUGUGCCCCACCAUUCUGCGCGGUUAUUUGACCAUCUACGUCAAUUUGUGCUGGGCUAUCGGCCAGCUGAUUGCCUCUGGUGUCCUCUACGGACUUGUCGACCGAAAGGACCAGUGGGGCUACCGUAUCCCCUUCGGCCUACAGUGGAUUUGGCCCGUUCCUUUGAUGAUCGUUUGCUGGCUCGCACCCGAAAGUCCAUGGUGGCUUGUCCGCAGCGAUCGCCUCGAAGACGCGAAGCGCAGCAUCCGCCGACUGGGGGGUAGCAAGACCGAAGAACAAAUCAACGGACAACUCGCCAUGAUGGUGCACACGAUAAAGCUUGAAUCUGAGAUCGAAGCCGGCACCACCUACUGCGAUUGUUUCAAGGGAGUUGAUCUGCGCCGCACCGAGAUCUGCUGUAUGGCCUUCGUCGGUCAGAUUCUGUCCGGCAGUACGUUUGCCUACUCACCUACCUAUUUCUUUACCCAAGCCGGCAUGGACACGAGUCGCUCUUUCCAACUUGGCGUCGGAUGCACUUCCAUAGCCUUCGUGGGAACAUGUUUCUCGUGGUGGCUGAUCACCGGAUUUGGCCGCCGCACGCUAUACGUCUGGGGCCAGGGCAUACUCUGCGCAACUCUCUUCAUGAUUGGGAUCCUGGACGUGUCCUCCUCCGCAAACAGCAUCAUGUGGGCACAAGCGGGACUCUGCUUUUUCUGGCUCUUAACUUAUUCCUUAACCGUUGGCCCGAUCACAUACGCCAUUGUCUCGGAGACAUCCUCCGUCCGUCUGCGCCCGCUGACAGUCUGCAUCGCGCGCACAUCCUACCAAAUCAUAAACGUGGUGUCACAAGUACUUGAGCCAUAUUUCAUGAACCCGACCGCGUGGAACGCGUCUGGCAAGACGGGAUUCUUCUGGGGUGCCACGGCACUUGUUGCGUUUGUCUGGGCGUUCUUCCGUCUUCCCGAGGCCAAGGACCGUACCUACGCAGAGCUGGAUAUCCUGUUUGCUAGCAAGGUCAAGGCAAGAAAUUUUGCGUUGACUGUUGUGGAUCCCUAUGCGAUUAGGCCUGCUGAAUCGCAGGCGGGUCUUGUGCGUAAGAAAACGCAGGACACCAAUCAUUGA